UUGCCAUGGCUAUAUACGAGAUGAGACGGCGCAGUGUGGGUGGAAGUUUCCACGGUAGGACCACGGAUCUCGCCGUUGUCCAGCCACAGAGCACUUAGACACGGAACGCAGUUUCAGCGGGUUCAGUUUUCCCGCAGGAGCCCGUGUCCACCCCCCGCCUUCCUUACUGCGCAGGCGCGGUGCCACUUACCCGGCAUGGAAGUGGUGGGUCUCUUGUGUCUGGUGGUGGCUGCCCUGACAUGGGGCUUCCUCCGGGUUCGGGACUCGGCGGAACGAAUGAAGUCUCCGGAGCAGGCAGGCCUGCUGGGAGCCGGAAGCCGGGCCCUUCUGGUGAUCGCGCACCCGGACGAUGAAGCCAUGUUCUUUGCUCCCACGGUGCUAGGCUUGGCCCGCCUGGAGCAGCGGGUGUUCUUGCUCUGCUUCUCGGCAGGAAAUUACUACAGUCAAGGAGAGAUUCGAAAGAAAGAACUUUUGCAGAGCUGUGAUGUUUUGGGGAUCCCACCUUCCCGUGUAACAAUUAUCGACAACAGUGAGUUUCCAGAUGACCCAGGAGUGCAGUGGGACACCGAGUGUGUGGCCAGCACCCUCCUCCAAUACAUAGAUGCCAAUGGCAUCAACUUGGUGGUGACUUUUGAUGCAGAAGGAGUCAGUGGUCACAGCAACCAUAUUGCUUUGCACAAAGCUGUGAGGGCCCUACACUCAGGAGGGAAGCUGCCUAAUGGGUGCUCUGUACUCACUCUGCAGUCUGUGAAUAUGCUACGGAAGUACCUCUACCCCCUGGAUCUGCUCUGGUCUCUACUCUCGCCCCAGGAUGUCCUCUUCAUGCUCACCAGCAAAGAAGUGGCACAGGCCAAGAAAGCCAUGUCCUGCCACCACAGUCAGCUCCUCUGGUUCCGCCGACUCUACAUCGCCUUCUCUAGAUACUUGAGAGUCAACUCACUGCAGUUCCUCUGAAGCCAAGAAGAAUUUUCAGAUCUUCAGAGCAAAAGAGAGAAACAAACCAAGAAGUCCCUGGGCUUGACUUUGGGCUGGCUCAUCUCUUUAUCCCCAGGGCUACAGGUCCCAAUAAAGCAGCCUUUGACACAAAAACUGCACCAACACAAUAAUAGCUACCUCACUAAUUUACCAGUUCUUGUGAAAAAUAGUAGCAUGAUAACAGAAUGUAUAUCAAACAUCUAGCCAAGCCUGGGCAGGUUGCCUUUACCGUAAUUGAAUGUAAAGGUGCCUUAAAAAUAGUCCCCAGAUGGGAUUUUUACAUUGCUUCCAAAGUAGGCUGUUUUGGUCAGUCUUCUGUUUCUGUGACAAGGGUUUCUGUAGACUUGAGGUUUACUUAGCUCACAUUUCUGCAGGCUGCAGAGUCUAAGAGCAUGGCAGCCUCUGCAUCACAGCUGGGGGGGGGGGCUUCUCAAAG